AUGUCACAUGACGAUGACACAGAAGGUGGAAUAAAUAUUUUAUUAAUUAUAACAGUCGUUAUCGGAACGACGUUGAUGACAUCACUCAUUGUUUGCUACAUUUGCGUAUUUCGAUCAUUAUGUUGCCCUUCAGCGGAAGAAUUGGAACGAGCGCAGAGUAUAAUGAGACGUGGCAGUAGCAGACGUCGAUUUAAUAGACCAUCGGUCCUUGAGACCAACAUUUCAAGUCAACAAACCGAAAUUGAAAGAGUGUAG